CACGCAUUAAUCUACCACCUUCUUCAUAUUUAUAAGAACAUUUUCAAAUCCCUCCUUCAAAUCAUAAACCCUCCUCUACCUAUAUACUACUUCCAAAUUCCAAAGACACUGCUGUUAUUGCUUAUUGCUUAUUACUUGGUAUAUAAAAAAUGGAUUACUACUUGUGUAGGUGUUUAGGCCUUACUACUAUACUUUUCAUGGCGCUGCUUCCUAUUAUUGCCAAAGCUGAUCUUGAAGAUGAUAUUCUUGGGAAGAUCUGUGAUGAAGUGGAAUGUGGGAAGGGAAAGUGCGUAGCAAACACGAGUUACCCAUUAAACUUCAUAUGUGAAUGUGAUAAUGGUUGGAAGCGGACUCGGGACAGUGACAAUGAUACAGAUGCCAAUAGCUUUCUCCCAUGUGUCAUCCCUCAAUGUAGUAUGAACUACGGUUGCCAGUCAGCACCCCCUCCAGUUCCAGAGAAGAGUGUACCACACAAUUUCUCAGCUUUUGAUCCGUGCUAUUGGGCAUACUGCGGGGAAGGUAGCUGCCAGAAGAACAAGACUCAUACAUACAGAUGUGAAUGCAAUCCCAACACUUUCAAUCUUCUAAACAUCUCUGUUUUCCCUUGCUACAGUGCAUGUACUAUUGGAUCUAACUGUUCCAAACUCGGAAUCAAAGUUGAAGAUUCAACCGCUGCUGGCACUAAUGGUGGAAGUAGUCAAGCAAGCUUAGUGGUUCCAUGGGGAAGUUUGGGUUGGAUAGUUACGUUGUUGAUCUCCAGCGGUUUGGUUAUGUGGAGCUAGGAAUUUUGAUGGGCCAGAUUAUUACUUUGUUGUGUUGUUAUUGUUGUAUAUGAUUGUUGUCCACACUUUUUUUUUCUUUUCUUUAUUUAUGUUGAAUAAUACACUAGUGAUAGACUCAUUGGUCAGUGGUUGUGUAUUAUAAUAGUCGAUUAAUUGGUGAUUAUUUUGUGUGGGAAUAAAGCCAGUGUUUGGCAACACACCAAAAAAGAAAAAGAAAGCCAGUGUUUGGUCAUUGCUAUGAGAUGACUUAUGUAAAGUACACUGUAAUGCACAUUAUUAUUAUCGUGGUUGUUGUUUAGA